GGAUCGGAGGCCUCUCCCCCUCCCAGGCGGCUUCUCCCUGGCCCGCACGGCAGGGCCCGCCGCUCUCGGAGACAGAGCGGCGCUGAGGACCGCGGUGCAGGCUUGAUCUUUGCCCUGAGUCUAAACCUCUACUACCUCAACCAGAUUCUUAGUGGUAAAAAGCAGAGUGUCCGUUUGGUGCAUUUGAGGAACUCAGGAACUUUGGGCAACACAGGCACCCUAGAUGAGACUGCCUAUGAAAGACUGGCAGAGGAGACACUGGACUCCUUGGCAGAAUUUUUUGAAGACCUCGCAGACGAGCCCUGCACAUUGGAGGACUAUGACGUCUCCUUUGGGAGUGGCGUCUUGACAGUUAAACUGGGCGGAGACCUAGGAACCUAUGUGAUCAACAAGCAGACCCCAAACAAGCAGAUCUGGUUGUCUUCUCCCUCCAGUGGACCCAAGCGCUAUGACUGGACUGGGAAAAGCUGGGUGUACUCUCAUGAUGGCAUAUCCCUCCACGAGCUGCUGGCCACGGAGCUGACUGAAGCCUUAAAAACCAAACUGGACUUGUCUUCCUUGGCCUAUUCUGGAAAGGGCACUUGAUGGCCCACCAAGGUUUAAAGAUAUUAAAUGCUGUGUGGCCAAGAUCUCAGCUUUCUUCUGCAGCCGAGUGUUUUUUCCCAUUACUGCUUUUGCGGGCAGCCACAGAAUGUGUAAACCUCUGUGAAAAGAACAUGCUAACACCCACCCUGCCCCAGAAUGUGAUUUUUAAUUUCUACAGAAUUGUUUUUGUCUGAUUACCUCCCUCACAUGAUACGUCGUAUCUUCUCUGUUAUCCUAUUUCCAUACCUUAAUACAGUAAGAACCUUACAAAAAGAAAACAAAGAAAAAUCCCAGGAGGAGAAAUCCAUUGUCUUCAUUCUUUGAAGGUUUUACUGCAAGAGCCACCUGAAGAGCAGCCAGCCACCCUCACCAUUGUGUCUGAAAAUAAGACUCUCUGAAGUGUAGUUUUUAAAUGUCUCCGUGCCUCUUCCAAAGCAUACGCACUGCUGAGCCCUUUGGUACUGUUGAAAGAAACUCAGCUGAAGAUCAUUCCCCACUUGUGCUUUGUGACUUAGGAUAUGGCCUGCAUUGUAUUAUCUGGGUACCUGGUACUUUUGCUUCCAUAGAUUUGUAUAUCUGUGCACUCACACGCACACACUGCGUGUGUGCGUGUGUGUGUGUGCUUUUUACUUAGUUUGAAACCCCCAAAGACAAGGAAGGAAAAAAUUUUUCCAUAACUGGAAGGAUAACAAGCAGUGCUGUGAAGCUGAGGAGGUACUUUGUAAAUACAAAGGGCCAAAUGUGACAGUGAUACCAGUCAUAAAAUAGCAGUGGUGCUGGACUGCGCUCCAGCCCUGAAACAGGUCUGUCUGUGCACACAUUCUCAAAGUCCCUGCACCCCUCUUGUCUCAUCUGUUAAGUAAAAGAAUAGAAACGAUUCCCAACAUCGAGAGGUCCUGUCUGUUGACCCAGUGGGCCAGCUUUAAUUCCUACUAGUUAGAUGAAGAGAUGAUUUUGAUCAGUUUUUUAAGCAAUAGAGUAAAUACAGUGUUGCAGUGCUGAUCUCCUGGAAUUUUGGUUGAAGUCAUGUUAAAGUACUAGCUGUCCUUCGUUAUGCUGUCAUUGUGUUAAGCCUAACACACCAUAUUACUGUUUUAAAAUAUACAUGAAGCAACAAGACUCCAGAACAUAAAACUGACCCAGAGUUUAGGGUGGUUUUGUUUUGUUUUGGUUUGGUUUUAUUUUGUGGUGGCACCAGGGAUGGAACCCAGGACCU